GGCCCAAAUUCCUCGUCGAGUAGUGAGUGCUCUAGAAACGGGACGCGCUGGCCGUAAAAAAAAAAAUCCCUCCCCGCCGCUGUUGGUGACGGAGACCGCGUCGCCGCCGCCGCCGCCUGCCGCUGGUUCGGCCCCGGUGCGACGGCGUAAACGAACGGCACCUCUCGUCACUGCGGCGGGUGAUCUCGCUCCUGCGGACGCUCGCCUCGCCCCGGUAGGUCGUCUCUUCCACUGCAGGUCUACAAGAUGCCCUGGAAGAAUCAAGAACCUACAAGCAUAUGCGAAGGAGGAAGCACAAGUAAGAGAGCAAAGGCCUCCUCGCCUCGCAAUUCUGACCGAGAAGAUUCUCCGCCUCGGCGCGACGGCUUCACACGUAUGAUGCGAAGGAGGAUGCGUCCUCGCGGUUAUCCUAUGCCGGAUGGUGUUUAUGGGGGCAUGCGCUUGGUGAACACCUUUGAGCUUUGUUUCAAAGAGUUAGAUGGCUACAAUGAAGAUCACACGAAGAUCAAAUUACUUGCUUUAAGCGUGUCUCAGUCUAUUGUCUCGCUUGCUUCGUUUAAGGGGAAAACGCGACAGUUUACGUGCACAGGCACAAUUGUAGGACGCACGCCAUCCAGCAUGAGCAUUCUAACAUCUGCUAGUUUAGUGAGAUGCACCAACGAUGAAACUGAGAUAGAUGAUAAACUGAAGAUUAAGGUGCGCCUGCCCAACGGCAAGAUUGUUCCAGGAAAAUUGUGGAAAUACGAUCUGUAUUAUAAUAUUGCUGUUGUCAACAUGAAGGCUUUCCCUGAAUUUCGUGCAGCCGACAUUCAUAAUCAAGUCGAAGCUAAUGCCAAAUUACCUCAAAGUAAACUGGUAGCCAUUGGACGAGCUUUUGAAUCCGGAGAACUAAUGGCUACAGCUGGCACACUGCUGUAUAAAACUACCAAACUUGACUGCCAGGAACUCAUGACCUCUUCUUGUUAUAUCACAAAGGCUGGAAUUGGUGGGCCCCUUAUUGGUUAUGGUGGAAACUUCUUUGGCAUGAACUUUUGUUCAGAUGAUGGAACUCCUUUCUUACCAGCCAGUCUACUUUCGAAAUGUUUAAAGCACUUUGAUACAUUUGGGAGAGUUGUGCAGCCAUGGCUUGGUCUGAGGAUUGGAUCACUUCAAGCUCAAAAGCUGGGUACCCGUGUAGAACUACACGACAGCUUCCCCGAUGCACAUGGAAUCUAUGUAGAGAGGGUUUUUGAUGGAUCCCCGGCAGCAAAUUCUGGAAUGAAAGUUGGCGAUGUCAUUACCAAGCUUGAUGAAGUCCCUUUGUUCAGUGCACAAGAGUUCCAUAAGCUGGUUUUGGACAAGACGGAGAGUACUACGCAACACGGUGAUGUGAUGCCUUUUGAGGUAUCUGUCCUAAGGCCGGGUAACAGUUUUGACUUCUGUGCAACUAUCAACGCUGAAGUGAUUGACAUGAGCAAACAAAACAGAUGGCCGGUACCCAAGACCAAGUGGAUAUAUCCAGAUAAUGAAUAUGAUGAUGAGGGGCCCCUUGUUCGAAAGUGCUCCCGACCUGACUAUCGAUAUCGUGUGGACCUCUCUCCUCCUAAUGUUAUUUGAAGGAAUAACUUUAAGUUGUCCCUGUUUCAUUCUCUCUUCCCCCGAUGAGGACGAGUCCACACAAGAUUGUGAUGAAGAGUGAGGAGUAAUCUUGUAGGGUUAGUAAAGACAAGUUGAGAUCUUCUUGACAACUGAAAUGAAAGUAUAAAAAACCCGAAAUGAAAGUCUAUGUUGCCAGAUUUAUGUUUGGUACUCCCUCUGUUCCAUAAUUCCUGUUGUGGUUUUAGUUCAGUUAAACCAUGGCAGGAAUUAUGGAACGGAGGGAGUGUUAAACAGAAUGGUGUAGCUAAGUUUAGCCUGAUAUACUUUUAUUUUAGUUAACUUUGCUGAUUAGCUAGCUAUUAACUUUACUUGAUAAGACUGGGGAACAAUAUAAAUAGAAAACUUUCUGAUGUGAGAAUUUAUUUAGUGGGGAAAAUAUCAUGUGAUACCAACACUCACAUGACCACA